AUGCCAUAUUCUGCCAUUGACUCCAAGAAUUCUAGAACCGGAGACUAUGGCAAGCAUACCAAGCAUGGAUUACAGUUCUGCGGCCGCAGGGACAGUGUGGUCAAGAAUAGGGGCUUCUUAAUCAACCUCGAAUCAGAUGUCGAGCCUGCUAUACUGUCCUUUGGCAAAGUUGACGGCGCAUCAGCCUUCAUGUCUCAUGGACAACUUGUUGCUUUUGUCACAUCCAUAUCUGUCAAAGACGGACUUCGUAAAUAUCUCGCGGGUACGGUAUCCUCGUUCUUGGUCCCCGAUAUUGUGAUUUAUUCACUGGACGAGUUCCCCACACAGACAACGGGAAUGUCGACCGACAGAGCCUAG